CACGACUCCUUUGUUUUCUCACGAAGCCACAACUAGCGACCAUCGACAUUAUAAAAUUCAGGUUGGAUUGAGGUGCACAACCGAGUAACACGUAGCAUCUGAAAAGGUUGGAUCUUGCUCUAUUAAAUCAAACACAUUCUUCACUAUUCCCGAAUCUUAGCAAAAUGUCUUCUCCUUCUCCUGAGGCGAAUGAUAGCAAAAUGCUUUCUACUGAGGAAGUAAUGAUGCCAUGGGUGGGCUUAUAUGUUGCUGUAGCAUCCUUGAUAUGUAUCAUUGCAAUGGCAGCUGAUGUGGUCCGAGCAAUGUGGCAAUGGAAGUUCUGGUUUCCAAAUAGAUUUUUCACUCUUAAUGCUGCAACAAUCACACUUAUCGGAAUUGCAAUGAAGCUACCGGUGGAUCUAAGUGAUGAGUUUUUUAACGAAAAGAUGGUAAGCAUUUUUUUCUUGGCCACCAUGUUAGCCAACUUUCUCCCUUCAUUAGGGCUUAUGGAUGACAAAGAGCUUCUAAUGAACAUUACGGCCUUGGCUGUCCUCUUGAUCACUAUCGUUGUGAACAUGGAGAUUCAAUCUAUUAUGUUAUCAUUAUUGGGUGUUGUAACUUUUUGUUUACUUCCCAUUCUAUAUCCAUUUUCAGUAGCUUUGACAGUUUCAACAAUUAGAAACGGACUAGAACACAGAUACAAGGUGGCACAAGCCGCACAACAAGAGGUUUCAAGGGAUCAAGGGGAAAUGUUUUCCACCGAGGGACUUGAACUUUAUGUUAAGCAAUAUUGGAUGAUGGCAGAAACUCAUAACCCCCAAUUUGUAAUUGCUUGCUCCCCGGUUUCUUCUGCUUUCAGGGUUAUGUGCUUAAUCGUUGCUAUGAUUUUAGGUUCUACUACUGAUUUUAGUAACACUGGUUUCAAAGAACUUGGAACUACAAAAUAUAAGUGGUCCCUACCGAUAAUUUUUGUCGUGCAGUCAAUUGGGAUAUUCGUAGGCAGUAUUGCACCAAUAUUCAGAUGUUUCACAUCUGUUGGCCACUACAGUCUCUCUAGAAAAUUAAGCAAGAACCAUUUAAAUGUGUUCCGAGUUGAGAAACACUGGAUCCAAAGGCUUCAACAAUGGAAACGUUACCAUGUCCAUUCACAUAUCCCUGGCCGGCAUUUAAAAAUCGUUUUCCAUUACGUAAAAAACUCUUUUUUGAAUUUUUGUAUGGCACUUCAUAUUGGGGUUUUGGUUACAUGUAAAAUAGCAUGCCUUGUUCCGCGAGCUUUCCUAAUCUUGCUCUCGUGUUGUUGGAAAUUAUUCAAGUCCAUUUUGAAAUGGUUUAAAAAUGUGGUAAGCACGUCUAAUCCCAAUGUGAGCUCAGAAAUAGAAGAUUAUGCUAGUUAUGUUGUCCAGAUCGAAGAGGAGGAGAAACUUUCAAAAAGAAUAUUAAGAAAUACGCUCCAUUCUAUAACGCAACUCCUUAAUAAAGAGAACGAACAACGUAAUCUCAUGAUGGUGUUAGAGAAAUCCAAAGGAUUCCAUGGAGUAGUAGAGUUUGAUAGCGACCCAGCUCAACCUUUAUUUCGCGGUGAAACUCACAAUUAUUGUUGGAGCCUUGUAGUAGUAACGUUGACAGCAAUUGCUAUUGCACUUCCUCGCAUUGCAAAUGUUCAUAUUAAUGGGCUUAUUGCCGGCAUGAGGGAAGGUCUCGAAAUUGUAAGACAUAUUGAAGAGUGUCUCGAUGCAAAUGGUGAGUUAGUAAAUGAAAGAAAGUCGGCAAGACGUGUAUGGAAAGAAGUUGAAGUAUACCGCACGUGGCUACACAUCAAUCUCCAAAAGAAGACCCACAAAGAAAAAACAUCCGAGGAGAUCCUUACAUGGUUGGGUAAGGAAGCAGAAAAAAUCAGGGAAAGGUUUAUCAAUAGCAAAAAGUCAAUUAUAGAGCAUUCACGUUACGAGUUCAUACUUGCAAGUUCCAUGUAUAGAACCAGCAAAACUCUAUUGAUGUGUUCUGGUGAACAAGAAAUGAAUGGCGAAGCGUUAUUUAAAAGGAUAUCGACUAUAAUUGCAGAUGUUUUAUUGGCUUGCUUUACUAACUUACCACGUGUCAUAAAAUUGAAGUGUCACCACAAUGCAAUAGAGAAAAGGGGGGACAACAUCCGCAUUGCAGCUCAGCUUCUUGGUAAAUCUAAAAAGAUCUUUGAGAAGCUUAAAGAACGACAACUUCCUAAUAUAGAUCAAGACUCGAUGGGGCAAAUUGAUAAAUGGCGUGUACUAUCCAAGAGUCAAAUACCUGAUGGCGGUGCUUCUUUGGAUAAGAUUCAAUCAAGUUUUCAAGUUGCAAUGGAUCCAUAAUAACUAGUUUGCAAUAAGUGUGGGUGUAUCAAUGUCUUUAUGAUCUUUUAUGUAUGUAUAAAAUAAUAACUAUUGUGAUU